AAUUAAUUUUGAAGUUUUGAACUUGGAAAAAUGGAAUUCUUUGUAAAAGAUAUGAAUGUUUUCGUUAAAUUAUUAAAUCCUUUAAAUAAAUUGUGUAAAAGUUUAAUUAACGAGUACAUAGAAUUGACGAGCGAAGAAUGUUUUUGUGAAUUUAAAAUUGCCUUAAAACAAACUUGGGAAAAUAUAUAUUUUCAUAUUAAUACUUAUCAUAAUGGAGAAUUAAACAAUUGUCUUCAUAUUUCUAAUGUACUUACGAGUGUUGUCUUUACGAAUCAUAAAUUAUCUUCUUGGAAAUUAUAUGAAGACUUUUUAAAAAAACACAAUUUAGUUAAGCCAUGCAUAUCAAUAUUGAUGGUUGAAAGUUUUAAAAAUCAUGUUUUUAAUGCAAAUGAAUGUACAGAUAAGUUUUUUGAGGAAUUUGAGAAGUCGAACACGUUUAAUAUCUUUUUAUUAAUUAUUCAUCAAAUUGAAGUAUGCCUUGAAAUUUUACUGAAUGUCUUAAGCAACGAACGUGAAGCUGAUAUUUUGUUAAAAGAAUCGCGGAAGUAUGUAUUGAAUAGGCUUGUUUGGUGUUUGAAUUUUUUUUCAAAUCCUGCUAAUCAUUUAUUCAAUGAACAGCCACAACCAGGAAGUUUUAUGCAAUUAAUGGAUAAUGCAUUGGAUAUUAUUUAUGAAAUUGACAUGGAAACUAAACAAGAUAAAUGUUUCGAAACAUUAAAUAUUUCUAAAGCGUAUAUAGAAGAAUUACUUUCUCAUGCUAUGUCUAUCGCUCAAAUCACUUUACCGGAAGAAUGUAUUAAUAUUAAAGCUGGCAGUCAAAAGGUAUUAAAUGAAUUCGAACAGUUGAAUUUUGAAUGCAGGACAGAAAAACGAAAUAUUCCACUUUGUAACUUACUGGUUGAUUCUGUAUCUGACGCUUUAUGUAAUUUAGAACAAAGGGUUAACGUUGGAGUUUUAAAAUUGUUAUUGGAGGUAUUCAAAAAUUAUGAUGAACAUUUACUAAAUUUGAAAGAUUACUGUGUAAGCUCAACAAAAGUACCUCGAUCGGCUGAUGAUUUAGACGAUUUAAUUAUAAGUUUCGAUUUACAAAUCGAUCGUAUAAUGCAUGUUGGACUUUUUGCUGUAGCUUGUUCUACUAAUAAAUAUCGAGUUUUAAAAAUGCGAUCUUGUUUGGCCAGUCUUGAAUCAUUAGAAAGUGAAUUAAUUCCAGCGAUAACAACUUAUUAUUUGGAACAAACUAUUGAAACAAAAACACAUGCCGAAGUGUUAAUUAAACACUGGUAUGACAUGGUUAAUACAUUACAAGACUUAAUUCAUUUGAUCGUUGAUCCUAUUGCAUUUACACAGGUCGUUUUAAAUUCUUGCAAGGACGAUUUAGAAAAAUUCGAAAGCGAAAAAAAUAAUUGUACACAUAAAUGCUCAAGUGAUUUGGAUGAAAUUUGUUACAAGUGUACUUUAUUAAUACGACAUUUAAAUUUAUGUAUUCCAGAAAUAUAUGAAAAUAUUCCUAAUAAUAUAAAAGAUCAAAAGCGUUUAAUUUCUGAUUUAUUACACGAAUGUAAAUGUGCUAAAAAGGCAUUGUUAGACGAAAAUAGUUUAAAUCCUGCAUCCGAUAUUUGUUAUCAACGAAUUAUUAAGAGAUUUAGAAUCUUGAUGAAAUACUUAAAAAAAUUCCAUGCAUCUUUAUCUGAUUCUGAAGAAAUGAAACAAAUUGCCAGUGAAACCAUUCCAAAACUUUCUAGAACGAAAAUUGAUAACAUAUUACAAACGGAAGUAAAACCAGAAAAUAGUAAAACUGUAGGUGCAUUAGCAUUACUUAUGUUACGUGGUGAAAUUUUACGUAAAGAAAGAAGUAUAUUAUAUCAAACACCAAAAAAAACACCGAUGAAACCUCUAACCCCAUAUCAUAAAACGCCAGGAAAAUCAAAAAACGUUUCUACUUCAAUUUCAUUUGCUCGAAAAUUGUCAAGAAUAUCAUCCAAUAGUUUUCUUGAAGAUGCAGAAAUUAAUUUCACUGAUUUAUUGAAGGACAUCACUGCAAAUUUAGAGUCAACAAAAUUUUAAAUAAUACAAGAAAAUACAG